UUCUUACAUGAUCAGUAAGUAUACCGUGUAAAAAAUUUUGUGAAUGUCAAAACGUAAAAAAUGUGAAUAUUUGAAAGAUCCAGAGAUCUUUAGGAAAAUUUUAGGCAAUUACGAUAAUUUUAUAUUUGACUGUGAUGGUGUUUUAUGGAACAACAACGAAGUUAAUGCAGGGGUGAAAGAAUUAUUAGACAAAUUACGUAAAAUGAAUAAAAAAAUACUAAUAGCUACCAACAAUAGUUCUAAAUCUAGGAAGGAAUAUCAGGAAAAAUGUGGUAAAUUAGAUUUAAAUGUAAAAUUGGAAGAAAUAUAUUGUACAGUACAUGUUAUAUGCUAUUAUCUAGAAAAUUAUUUUAAAUUUCAAAAUAAAAAAGUCUUCCUUAUUGGAAGUGAAAGUUUUAAAAAAGAAUUAGAAAAAAUAAACGUCAAGGUACUUCCUUUUGGGCCGGAACAUUUAGAAGGUGAUGUAGCAGAUUGGAUUAACAAAACCUCAAUAGAUCCAGAAGUUGAAGGGGUCAUUGUUGGGUUUGAUAAAAAUUUUAAUUAUUACAAAUGCUUGAAAGCAGUAUCAUAUUUGAAAAACCCUAGACAUUUAUUUAUUGCGACUAAUACAGAUGAACUUUUUCCAUCUAAAAGUGAAACUGUUGUCAUUCCAGGAACAGGAUCUAUAGUAGCAUGUGUUGAACAUUCAGCAUGCAGAAAACCCUGGAUUUCUGGUAAGCCUCAUGAUCCUAUGUUUCAAUGCAUGAUUCACGAACAUAAACUAGAUUUAUCCAAAACUUUGUUCGUUGGUGAUAGAUUAAACACCGAUAUAUUGGGCGCCAAUCGUAAAGGUAUGCUUACGAUUCUCGUAUUGAGCGGCGUUACAAGUAAAGAGGAUGUCGAAAAGUUGACUUCGAGCCAGGGAUUACAUCCACCAGGAAUGGGAUAUAUAAAUGGCGAUGUUGAUUUGUUAUAUCCCGAUUAUUAUACCGACUCCCUGUCUAUUUUAAAUUCGUUUCUGGUUUAAAAAGGCCCAUCUCUGAAACGUUAAAAGGAACAUUUCAGCGAAUCAAAAAAUGCAAUAUCAAAUUUAGUUCCUAUAAAAAAUGUAACUCAUUGUGAUUUUAAAGUAUAAAAGUAUCUUAAAAUUUACAUCACGAUUCUAGUCAAUCAAUUUCUUUUUAUUUUAUUUAUUGUCAGUUUUUUUAAACCCUCGUGGAUAAUGAGAAUACUCUUUCAAAA